CUCGACCGUUGGACGAUCGGCGUUUUAGCGUCACUUUAUAAUCCAGAACGGGUCGUGGUCAUCAUCGUAGUGACAAUGAUUCGUAUCUCCGACUUUUCAUAUAACUACGCACAGAAAUCUAUGUACGCUGGUGUCGGGAGCUAAGAUUGUACUAUUUGUACUCACAUCGUCAACGCCGUCGCUGCAGCUCAAGUCGAUACCUAUAYAGUUUAGGUACCUACCUGACCACUGCAGACAGACAUAACAUCGGCAACGAUAGCGCAAUGCUAGCGUCCAGAGCCGUAGCGUGUCUGCGCACGUUUUUCGCGGUGGCCGCAUUGAUCGUGGGCCGUUGCGCCGGCAGGCCAGCGUCUGUCGGAGACGGAAUKCCGAACCGCGGCGGCAGCGGUGACAACCAAAAAGAUCAGCARCCGCUCCAACACGCCAUCAUUGAAGUGUCGGCGGGCGAUACGGCCGUGCUCCAGUGUCCCAGCAACGAUGAACACCACAGGUUUCAGUUCUGGUGGAUGAAACCCGACCAGAUCAUUGGGCCCGGCACCGCGCCCAACAGCGACAAGUUCAAAUACGAAGUCCUCACCGGCACGCUUUACAUCAAGGUCAACAGCAUACGAUUGGCCGCUGUCUUGAGCGUGUUGGUGUUGCUGUUACUGUUGCUGUAUUUGUUUUACCUAACGGCRUAUAAGAAUAGUAACAGAACGUUACACUUCAGAGAAGAUUAUUCGGACGAAGACKUGUCGUUGGACAGACAGAUGUACAGAAAAACUAACAUAAUGAAAGACAAUAUGUUUCAACACGGCAUAGACAACCCAACGCUGGAAAAAGAAGCAUCUCAAGUAAAAAACAACGGAGAGACGAAAGCGUAACAGUGGAUGCAAUAACACRGUUCAUCGGUAUAAAAAGGCAGUUCCUUAUCGGAAAAUGACUAUUCCGUUUGUUUUUUCUUCAUUUUUCUCCGUCUUUAUAUAGUGAAUGUAUAUAAAUAUAUCAAAAAAUAAAAAUAAGAAAAAUCUAACUGUAUAAGAAAUGUA